CCGGCAGCAGCGGCUGCAGCCUCGCUCUGGUCCCUGCGGCUGGGAGCCGAGCCGUGUGUCUCCUCCUCCGCCGCCGCCAUAUUGUCUGUGUGAGCAGAGGGGAGAGCGGCCACCGCCGCUGCCGCUUCCACCACAGUUUGAAGAAAACAGGUCUGAAACAAGGUCUUACCCCCAGCUGCCUCUGAACACAGUGACUGCCAGAUCUCCAAACAUCAAGUCCAGCUUUGUCUGCCAACCUGUCUGACAUGUCGGGACCCGUGCCAAGCAGGGCCAGAGUUUACACAGAUGUUAAUACACACAGACCUCGAGAAUACUGGGAUUACGAGUCACAUGUGGUGGAAUGGGGAAAUCAAGAUGACUACCAGCUGGUGCGAAAAUUAGGCCGAGGUAAAUACAGUGAAGUAUUUGAAGCCAUCAACAUCACAAAUAAUGAAAAAGUUGUUGUUAAAAUUCUCAAGUACCUGCAGAAUACUUGGCACAGUGCUAGGAGAAGGAUUCAGAGACGAAUGUGACACAUUUUCUUCCUUCAAGGAGCCCAUAACCAGUAAAAAAGAAGAAAAUUAAGCGUGAAAUAAAGAUUUUGGAGAAUUUGAGAGGAGGUCCCAACAUCAUCACACUGGCAGACAUUGUAAAAGACCCUGUGUCACGAACCCCCGCCUUGGUUUUUGAACACGUAAACAACACAGACUUCAAGCAAUUGUACCAGACAUUAACAGACUACGAUAUUCGAUUUUACAUGUAUGAGAUUCUGAAGGCCCUGGAUUAUUGUCACAGCAUGGGAAUUAUGCAUAGAGAUGUGAAGCCCCAUAAUGUCAUGAUUGAUCAUGAGCACAGAAAGCUUCGACUAAUAGACUGGGGUUUGGCUGAGUUUUAUCAUCCUGGCCAAGAAUAUAAUGUCCGAGUUGCUUCCCGAUACUUCAAAGGUCCUGAGCUACUUGUAGACUAUCAGAUGUAUGAUUAUAGUUUGGAUAUGUGGAGUUUGGGCUGUAUGCUGGCAAGUAUGAUCUUUCGGAAGGAGCCAUUUUUCCAUGGACAUGACAAUUAUGAUCAGUUGGUGAGGAUAGCCAAAGUUCUGGGGACAGAAGAUUUAUAUGACUAUAUUGACAAAUACAACAUUGAAUUAGAUCCACGUUUCAAUGAUAUCUUGGGCAGACACUCUCGAAAGCGAUGGGAACGCUUUGUCCACAGUGAAAAUCAGCAUCUUGUCAGCCCUGAGGCCUUGGAUUUCCUGGACAAACUGCUGCGAUAUGACCACCAGUCACGGCUUACUGCAAGAGAAGCCAUGGAGCACCCUUAUUUCUACACUGUUGUGAAGGACCAGGCUCGAAUGGGUUCAUCUAGCAUGGCAGGGGGAAGUACGCCUGUCAGCAGCGCCAAUAUGAUGUCAGGGAUUUCUUCAGUGCCAACCCCUUCACCCCUUGGACCUCUGGCAGGCUCACCAGUGAUUGCUGCUGCCAACCCCCUUGGGAUGCCUGUUCCAGCUGCCGCUGGCGCUCAGCAGUAACAGCUCUAUCUGUCUCCUGAUGCCUGAGCAGAGGUGGGGGAGUCCACCCUCCUUGAUGCAGCUUGCGCCUGGCGGGGAGGGGUGAAACACUUCAGAAGCACCGUGUCUGAACCGUUGCUUGUGGAUUUAUAGUAGUUCAGUCAUAAAAAAAAAAUUAUAAUAGGCUGAUUUUCUUUUUUUCUUUUUUCUUUUUUUUUUUUUUACUCGAACUUUUCAUAACUCAGGGGAUUCCCUGAAAAAUUACCUGCAGGUGGAAUAUUUCAUGGACAAUUUUUUUUCUCCCCUUCCAAAUUUAGUUCCUCAUCACAAAAGAACAAAGAUAAACCAGCCUUAAUCCCGGCUGCUGCAUUUGGGUGGAGAUUUCUUCCCAUUCCCACCAUUGUUCCUCCACCAUCCCACACUUUGGGGGGUUGGUAUCUUGUGCUCUUCUCCAGAGAUUACAAAAAUGUAGCUUCUCAAGAAAGGCGGGAAGAAAGGAGGCAGGAAGGAAAGAAGGAAGGGAGGACCCAAUCUGUAGGAGCAGUGGACUGCUUGCUGGUCAUUUACAUCACUUUACUCCAGAAGCGCUUCAGUGGGCUUAUCCUGGUGGCUCUCGUGGAAGUGUGUCUUAGUUAUGUUGAGAUGUUGAAAAUCUACCCAAAAUGCAGACAGAUACUAAAAACUUCUAUUCAGUAAGAAUCAUGUCUUAUUGAUCUAACCCUAAAUCCAACUCAUUUAUAAUUUUAGUUUGAGUUCAGUUUAAAAUUUUGAUACCUUCCCUCCCAGGCUCCUUACCUUGAUCUUUCCCUAUUCAUCUCCCAACAUGGUGUGUUCCAUAGCUGGUAGGAGGGGGAAGGCAAAAUCUUUCUCAGUUUUCUUUGUCUUGGCCAUUGUUGCAUUCAGUUAGUUGCUGGGCAUAACUUAAUUGCUUUUUACAAAAGAAACAAACAUUGUCUAUACAGGUUUCAUGCUAGAGCUAAUGGGAGAUGUGGCCACACUGAGUUCCAUUUUAAGCUUUCUACCUUCUUUUCCUCCUACCUUCCUUCCCCUUCCCUCACAUGCCAUCCAGCGAGAAGACCUGCUCCUCAGUCUUAUAAAUGUAUCUUGAGAGGUAGGAGCAGAGCCACUAUCUCCAUUGAAGCUGAAAUGGUAGACCUGUAAUUGUGGGAAAAUUAUAAACUCUCUUGUUACAGCCCUGCCACCCCUUGCUGUGUGUAUAUAUAUAAUACUUUGUCCUUCAUAUGUGAAAGAUCCAGUGUUGGAAUUCUUUGGUGUAAAUAAACAUUUGGUUUUAUUUAUCAAGGUUAGAUUUAAGUUCCCUGUGUAAAGGUCUUGCUGGGUGGGUGUCUCAUGUUCACAUCUGAGGGGCCUGCAGCCCUGUACCGUGGAGGCUUCCCAAGGCCCCCAUUUUUAUACACCCCUCAUUCGACCCAUGGUACUGGGCAGGGCAGAGAGGCCUUAAAAAAAAGCACCACAAGCCAAAGCGUCUCUGGGGAUUAAGGAUCCUUUGCCAUAAAACUCAUUUUGUGUCUCAGCAGUGCAGGGAUUGGGGAUGGAAAAAGUCGCCAGUUUUUGUGUGUGUUUGUGUAUGUGUAAAGUGGACUUUCCACUGUAAUCCAACCACCUAAGUUUAUCAGGUGCUUCACUGAGGAAGCCUAGUUUUUUAAGCACAAUAGCAAAACCAUCAGCUCUGUUUUUUCUCCUGUUAUUUCAUUACAUUACAGUAGCUGCUUAUGGGAACUAGGAAAAAUUCUUCCAACAUAUUUUAAGGCCUGAAAUCUUAGUUCCCCAUUCUCCUACCUUUAUAGAUUCACAAGCCUUUCUCACCUAGGCAUCAUAGGUAAACAUAAUUGGGGAGUUGAAUUUAAUGAACUUAACCUAACUUUGUAACCCAUCUUGGCUUUAGUAACCUUAUCAAGGUGGUGGCUUUAGUGAAUAUAAUGGUAAACUUUAGAGGAUGCUAAAGCCUCCUUUUAUAGCGCUUCUCAACUAUAGGGAGAGCUGAAGGGAAAACAUUCUGACUGUGUGGCAGGGUGAUUUUCUUCCUUAUGACCACUUACAGUGGAUAUUUAUUGUACUUGACCCUUUUAUGCCCUAGAAUGCUGUGAGGGUUACCAUGUUGAAUUUGUGCAGAAGCUAAAAGCACCAGAUGUGCCAGAGAUGCAAUUUGUUAUUAUGUUUGCACUGGAUUGUGAUUGAACAGGACACUUAUAACUAAUGAAUUCUUACUUUUGAGGUGGGGAGAGGGUUGUAAAUCAAGACUUCACACCCUACCCUUGUAGCUCGGAAAUCUAGGUGUAGCUUAGGCUGAUGCAGAGAGCUGCAGACAGCUGGACCUCCUUACACCCAUCAGACCUUGCAAGAAACCGAAGGUGAAUGCAGAGGACUCUGAGGUGCCACCCAAGAGCCUUUUAAAAUAUAGAAGUUUUUAAAAAUGCUACUUAGAGUCACUGCAGAAGCAUGGAGAGAGAAAAAAACCCAAUUGGGUGGGGGGUGGGGGGAAGGCAAGGGUUUACAGAGUAACAACUUAUGUGUUGUUGUAAAUUACCUCAUCUGUAUACCUUGUAUUGGGACACUUUAUUUCUCAGCACUACCUGUGUCUGCAUUGCUUAGAUGGCAGAAAAUGGAAUGGCCAAUAUGAAAAGUUUUGUUGGCAAUUACUCUGAAAGAUUUUUUAAAGUAUUUUUAAACUUUGUUUGAAGUGGUCCCUCCCCUCUUCCUCUGCUUUUUUUUUUAAGUUUGAAGCCAGAAGUCCCUCCCCCACCUUGAUUUAUUGGUUGUAAUUGUAUUGUAAUUGGUAUAACUAAAACAUAACUGUGCUGGGAAGAAGUUGUGCCAUGAAGGUCUUUAAUUUUUUUUUUAAUAAAAACAUUUAAAUAAAUGAAA